ACGGUGCCUUCACGGUGUCCUCCUCUUGUCGCGUAUUGAUCAGUGCAGCCGCUGAUCGGGCGCUUUGGUCAGGAUGUGUUCGGCGGUGUGUCGCUGCCUGUCCGUUGUUUCUGGCUAAAGGUUCCCGGCACUUGGAGGCUUUAAUGUUCCGAGCAGCUCAUUUAAAAACCAUCGGCAAAGCGGGAACCGGCUGGCACUUUCACCGGACGAUGGACGAGCUGGUCCAUGACCUGGUGUCAGCACUGGAGGAGAGCUCGGAGCAAGCAGCUCGCGGCGGGUUCGGGGACGGAGGGGACCAUGCUCUGGCAGUGGGCUGCCUGCUGAAGAGGCAGGCUCGAAAGCGGAGGGGCAGAAAGCGGCGCUCGGACAACCCGCACCCACCCUGGGAGACGGGCCACCUCAGCGAGGGCUCAGAGUCCAGCGUGGAAGAACAUAAGGACUACCGUGCCAGUACAGGAGGCGUUUCUGCUGCCAACAGCCAUGCCCGGGACAACAGUGACUCAGAUGAACAGCUCGGCCCCAAACGGCGCACCCCCCUCACUGCUGACACGGGGCGAAGCAAGCGGCCGCUUUGGCCGGAUGACCUGGGCGUCCUGGGGUCUGCAGAGGGAACUCGCAGCCUCAGGCGGCGACGUAAGGUCAAACGUAUGGCUGUGGACCCACCUGUUGAACCAGAACCGUCAUCAUCCACCAUGUUGGGGCCUCCACCUGUCCCCAAAGCCCGUGUGGGUGGAAGGCCACAUAGACUGGGUAUGAAUGAGGACAUGGCUGCCAUGGAGCUGUGUGGAGGUGGUCAGGGAGGAAAGAACAGGGUGAAGAAGAGGAAAAUGACCACACACAGGAUGGGAAUGGAGGCCACAGAUGAAGGGGUGGUGGUGGAGAGUGAGGACACCAUCUCUUCACCGAUGGAAGGGUCCAAAGACAAAAUGGAGUUGGAGGAGCAAAAGGGCUCGGAUGAGGACAUGAGUGACAGGUGUGAAACCAGCAGUGUCAGUAACAGCAGUGACGGUGGCCUCUACACCAAUGAUGAAGGAAGACAAGCUGACGACGAGCAGAGCGACUGGUUCUACGAGGGGGAGCCGGGCUCUGGGUCGGGGCCCGGGGGUGCGUGUGGGAUAGCGGGAGUGGUUCCCUGGUGGGAGAGGGAGACAGGGUCAGAGGAGCUGGACCUAGCUGACCCAGUCUUCAACAGCAUCCUCACGGGAUCCUUCCCACUCAUGAGCUCUGGAGCACAGAGAGGUUUCCAGGCCAGACUGAGCCGUCUCCAUGGUAACCAGCAGGCGUCUGAGGCGGGGCUGCAGGGCAGCUCUGGCCAGGGCUUCAGCGACAGACUGGGAAGACAAAACCAGGACUCCCAUGAGCCGUGGUUUAGCUCAAGCUCGAGGAGAGAACACGGACAGUUGCACUGGGACCCGCGGUCAGACAGGGGGCAUCGGAGGAGCUGCUCAGUAAAAACAGCCAGCAGACAGACCAGCGGGCACCUGGGGUCUCUAUGUACAGGGGAUGUCAAGCGGAGGCGAAAAGCAGCCCCCCUCGGUUCCACUGCCCCCCCAGUAGUGGUCGGAGAGAACGCUCCUCCCCUCCCAGACUCCAACAUGGGGAGCCGCAUGUUGCAGAGCAUGGGCUGGAGCCCGGGGAUGGGCCUGGGUCCAGGCGGAAGGGGCAUGACGGAGCCCAUCCGGGCCACCCAGAGACCCAAAGGAACAGGUCUAGGUUUCAACUGAUCACCCGCCGUCUGGAUGCUGAACCUGAAGAAGACUGGGACGAGACGUUCCAGGAGCCACAAGUAGGGACGGAGAUGAACUGCUGCUUGGGCUGAUAAACGUUUUAAAAAAAAAAAAAAAAGGUCCAGAAUAAUCCAGAUGUGAGUCACAAGAGAAGGAGUGAGGCUUGUCCCAGAAACAGUCUGUGCUGAAAGAGGAACUUUCCCAUAUUGGGGAAACUGCAAGAAGCCUGUGAAAGUGAAAGACUGCAGCUGAGCUGGAGAAAACACUUCUUGCAAACACGUCCUGUCAAGAAACUCUACAUUGGAAGAAAUAAAUGACAUAAUGCCUCAUUGUUGGUGUGUAAAGCCGGCACACUGCCUCCGCCCUGUUACCUCAGACAGGCCUCAGACUCGAGGUGUUGUUCACCAUUGACAGAGAGCAGCUGUGAAGAUACUGCAGUUUGUUUUCAGUUAGUGAUUUAAUGAUAAAUAGCUCUUUCCGUAUAUUCUGGAAGAAUUUUGGAAUCAGAGACUGUUUGAGUAGAUCAUACCUCGAGAUUUCUUAGGUUUGCGUUCAUUGUGAUGAAGUUAGGCUACACUGUAUGGAUGUGUGUUUCCCAAUCAAUUUUAUAGUUCAUUUAAUGGAGGAAGUCAUCAGAUUUAUUUUCUAACUAUCCCCAAAAUAAGAAAAGAUAAAAAAUCAUGAACACAGAUCUCUGUAAGCAUGUGCAGCUGUGUCUGCUGCAGGUUUCUGCUGAUGUGUAUGAAGAAAACACAUCUGUGGUUGAGGUGUAUUAUCCUGACUGUUUGUACUGAGCAUGCAGUAUUAUCCUACCACGGCCAUGCAGACGUUACACAUACUGUUCAUCAAAAUAACUGUAUGACAGUCAGGUUAAGAAUCUCAGUGUUUCUAUCGGAGAUUGAAUAAAUAUAGCUCGUUGCAGUUUCUGCAGAAUUUGACAAAAUGGCAUAUUGAAGGACACAUUGAAGGACCCUACAUAAUCACGGUUCAUAGGUGUUUUACUUGUUUUUGCUUGAUUAUCAGACCUUUUGUCAGGACUGUGGGUGAGUACAAACUGUAGUUCUCAUCUAAUCAGAUGGAAAUUAAAACAACUGUGUGGAUGUGAAGGACCUUAAUACAAUUAAAGCAAUAGAGGAACCACGA